AUGAGGGUGUCUGGGUCCAGCGAUGCGGGGGGAGCACCGCCCCCUGGUGGCGGUCCCUUUCGGGUCGCCCAGACUACAGGCGGGGCGACGGGAAGGGCUACUCGGGGGCCGGUCGCCGUCCAGCCUCCAGUCGGCUGGUUCCUGGCGCCGCGUCUGGGCGUCGGUCUCCGCCGUCCGCCGCGCGCCUCGAUGUCUCCAGCCGCUUACGGGAGGACUCCUCUCUGCUUCAACUGCUCCUUCCUCCCUGGAGACAUGUCCCCGACGGAGGCAGGGAGCCCGGUGCCCUGCAAUGGCAGUAGGGCCUGGGGGGUCUUUGGCCCUGAGGACUUGAACCUGACCGAUGAGGAACUGAGACUCAAGUACCGGGGGCCCCGGCAGACGGAGCUGUUCGUGCCCAUCUGCGCCACGUACCUGCUGAUCUUCGUGGUGGGCGCCGUGGGCAACGGGCUGACCUGCACGGUCAUCCUGCGCCACAAGGCCAUGCGCACGCCCACCAACUAUUACCUCCUCAGCCUCGCUGUGUCGGACCUGCUGGUGCUGCUCGUGGGCCUGCCCCUGGAGCUCUAUGAGAUGUGGCACAACUACCCCUUCCUGCUGGGCGCUGGUGGCUGCUACUUCCGCACGCUGCUCUUCGAGACGGUCUGCCUGGCCUCGGUGCUCAAUGUCACCGCCCUGAGUGUGGAGCGCUACGUGGCCGUGGUGCACCCGCUGCAGGCCAGAUCCACGAUGACUCGGGUCCACGUGCGCCGCGUACUCGGAGCCAUCUGGGGCCUCGCCGUGCUGUGCUCUCUGCCUAACGCCAGCCUGCACGGCAUCCAGCAUCUGGAGGUGCCCUGCCGGGGCACGGUGCCCCACUCAGCUGUGUGCACCUUGGUCCGCUCGCGGGCCCUCUACAACCUGGUGGUGCAAAUCACCACUCUGUUCUUCUUCUGUUUGCCUAUGGCCACCAUCAGCGUGCUCUAUCUGCUCAUCGGGCUUCGGCUGCAGCGGGAGAGACUGCUGCUGCUCAGGCAGGAGGCCAGGGGCAGGGCCAAGUCCAGCGAGAGCCGCAGGUUUCAGCGGCCGCAGGAUCAGGGUCGGACACAGGUGACCAAGAUGCUGUUCGUGCUGGUCGUGGUGUUUGGAGUCUGCUGGGCCCCUUUCCACGUCGAUCGCCUCAUGUGGAGCUUUGUGUCCAGCUGGACCGAGGGCGUGUACCUGGCCUUCCAGUACGUGCAUAUUAUCUCCGGCGUCUUCUUCUACCUCAGCUCCGCCAUUAACCCUGUGCUUUACAACCUCAUGUCGAGCCGUUUCAGGGAGACUUUCCAGGAAGCCCUGUGCUUGGGGGCCCGGCGCCGCUACCACAGGCCCUGCCACAACUCCCACAGCCUCAGCAGGGUGACCGUGGGCAGCACCCUGUGACCGGGCACCAGGGCCCACCCUCUGACUGAGAAUGGUGGCCGAGAGGGGCAGCAAGAGACUGACCCCUUCUGAGCGGAGCCUCGAAGCAGCUACACCCAGAGAGACCAGAGUGCCACACGCAGUUUUGGGAGCCACACUCGCCUUCCUCUGCUGGGGUGUCUUCGUGGCCUGUCCCCCUUUGUGCCCGUCGCCACUUCAGCCUCUAAACUCUGACUGGCACCUCAGUGAUUCCUACCCCCACCCAAGUUUUGGAAGGAAUAUAACGUUGCUAUCUGCCCUCCAGAGCCCCAGGCCCACAGGCAAAGCCCUUCUUCUACAGAAACAUGGCAGCUGGUUAACUGGAGGAGCCAGCCUCCAUCUGGGCUCUCCCCCAACCUCACCCUCAUUAUUUUUUAAUUUUAAUUUUAAUUUUUUAUUUUUUUUCAAUAUAUGAAGUUUAUUGUCAAAUUGGUUUCCAUACAACACCCAGUGCUCAUCCCAAAAGGUGCCCUCCUCAGUACCCAUCACCCACUCUCCCCUCCCUCCCACCCCUCACUCCCAUUUUCUGAAAUGUUUUCAUUGAGUCCCACCUUUCCUUCCCACUUCUCGUUGAGAUUCUGC